UCCAGGCCACCACGCAUCAGCGGCAGCGCUGCAGCGCGCACAGCGGGCUUGCGCACGCCUCAUAGAACCGCUGCGCGCCCCCGCCUGUGUGAGUGUUUGUAUGUGUGUCUGUGAACUGGUAGUGGGGGAGAGAGGAGAGGAGAGGACCAGUGACUGAGACAGAGGAGGCAAGUGGAAGAGGCUCGGCGCUGAACGGGACUCCACGUAAAUAAACAGCACGCAGUAUCGCUGUGUCGCGCGGGGGGCCAGAGGAGACGGAGUGGACUUCGUGUGUCGCAUCGCCGAGGAAACUGACUGAAGAAAACUAUAGACGAAGAAGCAGACAAGCCAAGGAGGAAGAACAGAGAGGAGAUUUAGGUCUCUCUGGUGUCCUCAAACAGUGUGACUGAGUGGCAGAGAGGCGGGACGUCGCUUUGUUUGGGGGACAGACUGUGUCACGCGCUGAUGAUGGAGGGGAGAAGGAGGAUGGAUGCAGCACUGCUAGUACUGUUUCUGGGGCACCUCGCCACUGCACUGGAAGUCCCACUUGACCUUCUUAAAGGAUUGCCACAGCCACCCACAAUAACUCACCAAUCCCCCAAGGAUUACAUCAUCGACCCACGAGAAAAUAUUGUAAUUCACUGUGAAGCCAAGGGGAAGCCGCAUCCUAGUUUCUCCUGGACGAGAGAUGGGACCCACUUCGACAUUGACGAGGACCCCAAUGUGAACAUGAGACCCCACUCUGGCACUCUUGAGGUGGACAUCAGCAGGGAAAGGGUGGAUCAGUAUGAGGGGGUGUAUCAGUGCACAGCCAGGAACAAACAUGGAACUGCUGUUUCCAACAAUAUAGUCGUACGACAGUCAAGAUCCCCCUUGUGGUCAAAAGAAAGAAUCAAGCCAAUCAUAGUUCAGGAAGGCGUUUCCUUGGUGCUUGAGUGUCGACCUCCUGCAGGCCUACCUCCUCCUAUCAUAUUCUGGAUGGACAAUAACUUUCAGAAGCUGCCUCAGAACAGGAGGGUGUCCCAGUCCCUGAACGGUGACCUUUACUUUUCCAAUGUACAUCGAGAGGACUCGAGGGACGACUACAUCUGCUACGCCCGCUUCCCACACACGCAAACCAUCCAGCAGAAACAGCCCAUCACUGUCAGGGUUCUCAACCUGGAUGCUAUCAAUGACACAAUGGCAGCUUUUUACAAUGACACUGAUUUAUUUAGUGAGGCCCCAGUAGAUGAGAGGAAGCCAACCUUUCUUAUCCCAUCUGGUCCCUCCAGCUCCAAGAUGGUGUUGAGAGGACAAGUAUUGGAGAUAGAGUGCAUUGCAGAAGGACUUCCCACACCUGAUAUCUCCUGGAGCAAAGUGAGUGGCGAUCUCCCUGCCAGGCGCACGUUUUUUCUGAAUUACAACAAGACCCUGCGUAUCAUAAAUGUGUCAGAAUCAGAUGCAGGAGAUUACCGCUGCAUGGCCAAAAACCAGAUCGACUCUGUGCACCACACCAUUCAUGUCACGGUCAAAGCUGCUCCUUACUGGAUUGGUGGUGCUCCCAGGAAUCUUGUUCUAGCUCCAGGAGAGAAUGGUGUGCUGACCUGCAGGGCCAGUGGCACACCUAAACCCUCUAUCAGAUGGUUUAUGAAUGGCAUCCUCAUAGAGAAUUCACCCGGAGAUCUGAGCAGAAAAGUGGAAGAUGAUACAAUCAUCUUCACUGAUGUACAGAUUGGAUCCAGUGCUGUGUACCAGUGUAAUAUCUCAAACGAUUAUGGCUACCUCCUGUCCAACGCUUUCAUCAAUGUCCUCUCGGAGCCACCCAGAGUGCUGACAGUAGCCAACAAAGUCUACCAAGUCAUCAAAAAUCACCAGGCCCUGAUGGACUGCUCGUCCUUUGGGUCACCCAUCCCAAAAAUUACCUGGUUUAAAGACAGUCGCUCUAGCACCCUGGAUGGAGACCCUUUCAUUCUGCAUGACAACGGCACUUUGGAGAUUCGUGUAGCUCAAACCCAAAAUAGCGGCAAAUACACGUGCGUGGCCAGGAACAUCCUUGGUAUUUAUGAGAAUCAUGUCUACCUGGAGGUCAAAGAGCCCACCCGAAUCCUAAAGCAGCCCGAGUACAAAGUGGUCCAGAGAGGCAGGUCUGUGGUGUUUGAGUGCAAAGUAAAACACGACACAACGCUCAUUCCCACCAUGACCUGGCUCAAAGACGAUGGAGAGUUGCCUGAUGAUGAGCGAUUAAUCGUAGACUCUGACAGUCUCACUAUCACAGAUGUGACAGAGAACGAUGCAGGAGUCUACACCUGCAUCAUGAACACCACUCUGGACCAGGAUUCGGCCAGCGCUGAGCUCACUGUUGUCGAGGCCACGCCAACCCCAGCUGUUGUCUACGAGCGACCCGACCCCCCAACUGACCUGGAGCUGACAGACCAGAAAAAGAGGAGUGUUCAGCUCACUUGGAUCCCUGGGGAUGAACACAACAGUCCUAUUCAGAAAUUUCUGAUAAAGUAUCAGGACUCACUUCAUCAUCGAGGUCAUUGGCAUAACCUCACAGAGGUUCCUGGAACCAAAACAACAGCUCACCUCAAACUGUCACCCUACGUUCACUACACCUUCAGAGUUUUGGCCCUCAAUGAGGUGGGGCUCAGUGAACCCAGCUCCCCCUCCAGAAUGUACAAAACUGAUCCUGCAGCUCCAGAUGAAAACCCAACAGGUGUACAGGGAUUUGGGACAGAUCAUAACAAUCUUGUUAUCUCAUGGAAGCCCCUGUCUGGCCUCCAGUCAAAUGGCCCAGGGCUUCACUAUAAAGUGAUGUGGAGGCAGCAGAGACCAGGCAGCGACUGGACUCAAGUGACUGUGGCCAACAAUUCCAAGUUUGUUGUUUCUGGAACGCCCACAUUUGUUCCGUAUGAGCUAAAGGUUCAGGCUAUAAACGACCAUGGACAUGGACCUGAGCCGGCUACUUCCCUCGGCUACUCAGGAGAGGACCUUCCACAAACAGCUCCAGAAAAUGUGCAGGCUGUAGUAAUAAACAGCACUCUGGCUGAAGUACACUGGGAUCCUGUGUCCCCUCAUUCGGUUCGAGGACAUCUCAGAGGAUAUAAGGUGUCUUACUGGAGAAAGCACAGUGACCACAAACACAACCAUGAGACCCUCAUCUUUAGCGGGAAUCACACACACGGCAUGCUGCCUGGUCUGCAUCCUUUUAGUCUCUACUACUUCCAUGUGCAAGUGUUUAAUGGCAAAGGAGACGGACCCCCAAGCCCAACACAGCAUUUCAGAACACCUGAGGGAGUGCCUGGUCCACCAACCUCCCUGGUUGUUACUAACACAAACCUGGAUUCUCUAACCCUUGAAUGGAGUCCUCCUCAUGAACAUAACGGGCACAUCACUGGCUACACCCUCCGUUUUCAGCCAGUCAAUAACUCCAAUGAACUGGGCACAACGGAGGAGCUGGCCCUGGCUGCCAAUGAGACCUCAGUUACUUUGCCAAACCUCAAGUACAGCACACGCUACAAGUUUUAUUUGAAUGCGAAAACAAUCGCUGGACCAGGCCCAGCCAUUACUCAGGAAGCAGUCACCAUCGUGGAGGAAGGGAACCUACAAACCUCUCAUCCCAUUGCACGGUCUCCUCCACGUCAUCCAACCCACAAGGUGGGGCCUGUGAGUCCUUUCGCGAAUCUUAGUUCCUCGGUUGGAGAAGACGGGGCCCUGAUCAGUUGGGAGUACUGGGGCCCAGAGAAAAAUGUAUACGUAGAAUACAUAGUAGACAACAGUGAAAGUGAAGAGUGGCAGAAAGAGCUUGUGAAUGGCUCUCAGAACGUUAAGCUGAAAGACUUAAAGGUCGGCCUCUCCUAUAGGGUGCGUGUGGUGGCCAAUGGUCACCACGACCAGCCGCUCCACUUCUCCAAGGAGCUAUUGGUCACGGUCCCAGCGGUGGCAAGCAGACAGGUGGACAUCGCCACUCAGGGAUGGUUCAUCGGCCUGAUGUGCGCCAUUGCUCUGCUCAUCCUGAUCCUUCUCAUCAUCUGCUUUAUUCAGAGGAAUAAAGGCGGGAAAUAUCCUGUCAAAGAGAAGGAGGAUGCACACACAGACCCAGAGUUCCAGCCCAUGAAAGAUGAUGACUGUACUUUUGUCGAAUACAGUGACAAUGAGGACCAUAAACCAUUAAAAGGGAGCCGCACACCAUCUAAUGGGACAGUUAAGCGAGACGACAGCGACGACAGUUUAGUUGACUACGGGGAAGGAGGAGAUGGACAGUUCAACGAAGAUGGCUCCUUUAUCGGCCAGUAUAGUGGAAAGAGUGCAAGCAGGGACACAGCUGAGGGCCAUGAGAGUUCAGAGGCCCCAUCCCCUAUUAAUGCCAUGAACUCCUUGAACUCUUUUGUGUAGCAAAUCAGUCCUAACAGACCGGUAUGAGGUGCUGCACAGACUACCUGCAUCUCCUCAAUCCUAACAUGUCUUUUAAAGGGCUCUCCCACUGCUGCAUGGCUUUAUGAUCAUACAUCUUCUUCCAUAAAGAAGAAAAAAAAAGGUUUUGUGUUACGUUGACAGACUUAGCAGAAUACAAAGAGGAUGUCGGCUCAUCCAUGACUUUGAUUUUUACCAUCCAUAAAAUAAGUGAUAUUAACUUAAUCUGUAUAUUAUUAACACAAUGGUAUUAACAAAUGUUGCAUCCUUACCAACAGUCUCCCACAAACAAUGCAGUGCUUUCCUGGACUAUAUUUUUGUUUAUGUAAUUAGUUCUAUGUAAUCUGCUAUUUUCACAGUGUGUUCAGUGUCUACAGUAAAUACCUAUCAAUCCACAUACUUUUCCAACACAGAAACUUAUACUGGAAAGUGUAAUAAUGUAAAUCAUAACAAAUAUAUUACAGACCACACAGGAGAUCGUGUACAGUCUACAUGUACCUGAGUUUUGGCAGCAUGCAGAACGUUUUGAAUGGCUGCACUAAUACGUCCUCAUUUUUCUCUGCUGUGUUAGAGCCCACCUGUAAAGGGGGAAACUGAUGUGCUGCAUGGCAUGUCACAUGACCUUGUGACUUUUGCAUGCAUGUUACCUCCAUCCAUUCAGCUCAAUUUGAAGGCCAGAAGGAAGGCAGAGAGUGUGACCUCAAUCCCUGCAGGGCUCCUUUUGGCAGGUAGUGCCUUUUUCUCAAAGUGAUUCAGUACUAAAGUCGACUGGAACAGUAAGAUAAGAUUGCAGAAGUCGCAUCCCAGGAUGGAUAAGAUAAACUUGAGGACACGUUGGAUAAAGGGAUGAUUCAUACACUCGCUCCUGCCAAUGCUUAGACGCAUAGGACUGACUUUGAUUGACCUCCAGGAAGUUAAACAACCACAAUGUAUCUGACCAAAACAGUUAAAAUCUCUUCUGGUGCAUAAGGUCUGUAGUCAUUAUGUAGUAUGCAUGAUUAUAUUUCUGCAGUGUAUUAAUGUAUGGAGAUCCGUGUGUGUGUGUGUGUGUGUGUGUGUGUGUGUGUGUGUGUGUGUGGAACAUUAUUAUUCAAUUUAUUCAGUUCUGUUUUGGCCGAAGCUGUUCAAAUGUACUAACUAAGCUUGAGGUCCUUUGGAUGGGAUCAAGAUUUCUUUUCUCUUAACUUGCAUCAAGUUUUAUUUUUUUUUUAAAGACAUGUAGAAUAUUUGUUGAAUUUGUAAAUAACGUAAUUGAUUGUACAGGGACAAGCAGCUUUUAUGGCAGCCUGUGAGUGGCAAUAUUGUGCAUGAUAUGGCUUAACUCCAUUAAAUAUAGACAUGUAGAGACUAUAUGAAUAUAUCUACAGAUAUCCUUUUCUUUUCUUGCUGUUGAUUUACAUAACUCUGGUAUCAUUCAGCAACAAUAUUAUGAUACCUGGACUUAUAGUAUAUUCUGAUUUGUAAUGGUUUUACUUACUUCCAUCAUACAUUUAAUCUGAUGCUUUCGUGACAGUAUUGCAAAUGAUUUUAUAUUUAAGAAAGACAUGUACUAACAGAUACCCACCCCUUUUUUUUUGUUUAUUUAAAUUUUCUUUCUUUUUAGUGUAAGUAAGAAAUUCAAGCUCCGGGAAAUAUAAUGGAUGAAUAAAUAAUGAUCUGCUUUAA